ACAGACGCUCAUUUCUCGUAGAGGGAGGCACAGACUAAUGGUUUUUUUUCUCUCACGAGUGCUUUAUUCAAGUAGCCCCGAGGACGUGCGCGCGAAGCCCAUCCCACUCCGUUCCCCCAAAAUUCACUGCGCCUGCUGAAACGCUGGGCUUCGCCGGCUCCCCUCGCGCUCAGACAGCCCUCCUGUACGCUCCAGGUAUGCGGCUGUCCCUUCUGUAGGCACCGCGGCAGACACAAAGGAAAGUCGCUUCACUUAGUUUUUUUCUGUUUUAAGGUGACCGCCGUCCUUCCGCGCGCCGCCCGCCGUGAACAUCGCUCCCUGCUCGGAUAUUCAGCUGUGUGGAUUCCACCGGGACGCUUCAGUUGAGCAGUUUCUAAUCAUAUUGACGGUGCGAAGGAAGCGCGAGCUGAUAUCUCAACGACCGCCGGAUAGUUGGCACGAGACAGCAAUGAAUGUUGGGAUCUCUCUCCCGUGAUACGAGGUAGCUUAUCCGGAGCCGCAGCAGCCGCCUGUCUGUCGCUUCUAUGCAUAGCCUUUGCAGGGUCAAGAUGCAGUUCCGGACGGUGCUGGACGUGAAAGUCGUGGACGUGGAGAAGAGGCGCAAUCCGUCUAAACACUACGUAUAUCUCAUCAAUGUCACCUACUCGGACAACACCUCCCACAUCGUCUACAGAAGAUACAGCAAAUUCUUUGACCUACAGAUGCAGAUACUUGACAAGUUCCCAAUUGAGGGAGGGCAGAAAGACCCAAAGAAGAGGAUCAUCCCAUUUCUCCCAGGAAAAAUCCUGUUCCGGAGGAGUCAUGUGCGAGACGUGGCCAUGAAGCGGCUGCGUUUCAUCGACGACUACUGCAGGGCGCUGGUGCGACUCCCCCCUCAGAUCUCUCAGAGUGAGGAGGUGCUGCACUUCUUUGAGACAAAGGCCGAGGACGUCAACCCCCCAGUGGAGGACUAUGGCUCCAAGCGCAAGUCGGGGAUUGACAGCUCGGAGCCGAUGGUGCUGGAGCAGUACGUGGCCGUGGCCAACUACGAGAGGCAGGAGAACUCGGAGAUCAGCCUCAAGGCGGGCGAGACGGUGGACGUGAUCGAGAAGAGCGAAAGUGGUUGGUGGUUCGUCAGCACAGCAGAGGAGCAGGGCUGGGUGCCGGCCACAUACCUGGACUCCCAGAAUGUUACCAGAGACGAUUUGGAUCUGGGCACUUCUAGGACCGGAGAAGUUACUAAGAGACGGAAGGCACAUCUGAAGAGGCUGGACCGCCGCUGGACCCUCGGGGGUAUAGUCAACCGCCAGCAGAGCAGAGAGGAGAAAUACACGACCAUCCAGCCGCACACCAGUCAAGGGAAGGAUGAAGUGAGCUUUGAGAAAGGGGUCACCGUGGAGGUCAUCCAGAAGAACUUGGAGGGCUGGUGGUACAUCAGAUACUUAGGGAAAGAGGGCUGGGCCCCUGCCUCCUACUUGAAAAAGGUGAAAGAAGACUUCUCCCCCCGCAAGAAGACCCUGACAGGCCCCGUGGAGAUCAUCGGCAACAUCAUGGAGAUCAGCAACCUGUUGCAAAAGAAGUCGGUCAGCGAGAAGGACAUCCAGGCGGACGCAGAGGGCAGCACCACGCCGGAGCGCCACUUCUCCAAGAGCGAGAUCAGCCUGCCCAUGCCCUACAACUCUGAGAUCAAUGCCGAGACGGGCAGGAGGCUGAGCGCCGGCCGUGACACCAACAGCCCGUGUCUGGGAAUAGCAGCGAGUGCUGCCCUAAAUGAGAGUAAAGGGAGGGGCGAGCCAGGGUCCCCAGCUGUAGCCAGAGUGGCUCCACAUAGAGUGGAAAUCGGGUCUCCAAAUCUGAGACAAAAACCCCCUCCACGAAGAGAAACCAACUUGGGAUUCCAGUUACCCAAGCCUCCAGAGCCCCCUGCUGUGGAAGCAGAGUAUUACACCAUAGCAGAUUUCCAGUCCUCCAUCUCCGAUGGCAUCAGUUUCCGUGGAGGACAAAAGGCUGAUGUGAUAGAGAAGAACCCCGGAGGCUGGUGGUAUGUGCAGAUUGGAGAGAUGGAGGGCUGGGCCCCCUGCUCCUACAUUGACAAGCGCAAGAAGCCCAAUCUCAGCCGUCGGACCAGCACCCUGACCCGGCCCAAAGUCCCACCCCCAGCUCCUCCUGUCAAAAAACAAGAGUCUGAGGACGCUCCUCCUCCCACUAACUCUUCCUCUGAAGUCUCAGAGCCGCCGAGCAGGCCUGUGUAUGAGGAACCUGAAUAUGAUAUUCCUGCAAUUGGAUGCGAAGGUGAAUCGGACACAGAUUCUCUAAAGGAUGAGCGUCCCCUGGGUGCCUCUCCUCCUUCCUGCAAGGCCUCUCCUCCUGUCUGCAAGACCUCUCCUUCUGUCUGCAAGGCCUCUCCUCCUGUCUGCAAGGCGUCCCCUGUGUUCACUCAUCGAAGAGCUUCCUACAGGUCAGCAGAGGAGGUUGCAAAAGAUGAGUGUAUCUAUGAGAACGAUGGCUUCAGGCCAAGCAGUGGUGUUGAAAUAACUUCAGUCAAAGGUUCCAGUGAGCCAAAUUCUCCAAGGAGCUACCAUUCCUCCACAGUUCCACGCAAACCAUCCGGAUCCUCACCUUUAGCUGGUAGACCCAUGAAGACCAUGACGCCAGAGAUGAACCGGAGAAGCCAGACUCUGGGCAGACACAUAGAUAUCAGCUUUAGGGCGCAGGACAACAGCCCCGGCUCUUCAACAGAUGAAUUGAGUAGAGGCCACAAGAAAGGAUCUGCCUUCAGCCGGGAUGUGGAGCAGAGAAUAGGUCAAAGCCCCUCCACCAGGCCCAAGCCUUCUGUCAGACCUAAACCACUCCUGACCAAAUCAGAGCCCCAGAGUCCGGAGAGGAUGGACAUCAGCUCUUUGAGACGGCAGCUGAGGCCCACAAGUCAGUUUCGGCCUCAUAGCCUCAAACCUACUCGUGGCGACGACUCUGAAACAGCCUCUGUCAACUCAUCAGAGGACUCGAUGUGUUCACGCAGCACCUCAGAUCUCUCUUCUGUCUACUCCAAAGGGAGCCGUGGUGACUCAGACGUGGAAGGUCCCAAUCUCUAUCGUUCCCUGGAUGCCUAUAAGAAGGUCCAGGAUUCUGAGAUCAGCUUUCCAGCCGGGGUGGAGGUUGAGGUUCUGGAGAAGCAGGAGAGCGGUUGGUGGUACAUUCGUUGGGGAUCCGAGGAGGGCUGGGCUCCUUCGUACUACCUCGAACCUGUCAGACAAGUGGGGGAUGCAGGUGGGUUGGACCUAGAUAGACCUGGGAGUGGUGGGAGUAAGUCCAACAGCCUGGAAAAAAACGAGCAGCACGUUUUGGCCCUCAAUAACAUCAAUAUUCAGGGUCUGAGCCAGCAGCAUCAAGGCUUGAGAAGGAAUACUCCGCCAAUUCCUUCUAAGCCUCCUGGUGGCUUCUCGAAGCCGUCCGGGAUAGUUAAUGGAGGUGUACGUAUGAGGAACGGGGUACGCCAGGUGGCAGUGAGGCCUCAGUCUGUGUUUGUGACCACAACACAGCCAGCCAAGGGUGGACACUACAUGACAGGGUCUCUGAGGCGGAAUGAAUCUCUCGGCAGAAGCGAUCACUAUGGGUCCGGUUCUGCCACUCUUGGUGUCCGCCGAAAUGCCUCCUUCAGCACCGUGCGUCCACACGUAGUUGUGGAAAGUCUGACGAGGCCUGCCGGGCGCUCCGGCCUGGGGUCCUCAGGGAGCGCAUUCAGCACAAGCAAUGUCCAGGACGCCCUGAGCAGAGUUAACCAACGCAACGGCAUCCCUGUGUCCACAGUUCGACCUAAGCCCAUAGACAAGAGCCAACUGAUCCACAAUAACCUUGGCAGGGAUGUGUACGUGUCCAUCGCUGACUAUCGUGGCGAUGAGGAAACAAUGGGUUUCACUGAGGGCACUUGCCUGGAGGUGUUGGAAAGAAACCCCAAUGGAUGGUGGUACUGCCAGGUGCAGGACAGCCUGCUUCCCCGCAAGGGCUGGGUCCCCUCCAACUACCUAGAGCGGAAGAAAUAAAACCAACCCCACAUCCUCCCCCUCCUCCUCCUCCCCCUUUUGAUGUCUUCAAGGACGUUGGUGGCAUCACUCCUUAAGAAUGUUACCUGCACUCUCAUGUAAGCAAUAUGUCCAUGAAAAUGUACGUUGACGACUGCGUGUAAAAAGACAGAUAUUUUAAUCUGAUUAGGAAGGACACUUUUAGUGCUGGUUUACUAAAGAUUGUGUAAAGAUUUCAAAUAUUUUGGCUGGGAAUGAGAGAAAGGAAUGUGGGAUUGGUCAUCCGUGAGAGAAGGAAUUUGAAGAGGACGGUGUCUUUUAGAUAGAACAUGGUAUGAAUGGGAGUGAUAACCUCUUAAAGAGGUUUGCAUCAUGUAGUGAGAAGCAGCAAAAUGGUUAUGCUCAUUCCUGCCCAUCACUGACGCUGAUGGCCGAUAAGUGCCUUUUGUAUUUGAUCACCUGAAUAGAGGUCUUAAUGGUGGAUGGCAAAACGUUAAAUCAACCAAAUCUUUUAGAGUGCCAUAGGCCUACGAAGACCACCAGGAGUAUUUCCAUAGCACAUUAAGAGCUACACUUUUGAGUGCAAACAAAGUGCAAAGUUUCGAACUAGAGAGCUGUAAUUGGUCCAACACAAAUUUAAGAAUAAAAAACAGAUUUAAGUGAGAAUUUAUUCGCUUUAAGGCGCAAGUCAUCAAGCAAACUAAAACAUCAUUUUAAUUUCAUUAUCCGUAUUUUUUUAUUUAGUUUCAUUGUUCAUGUUAUAAUGUCUUGAUUUGAUGCAAAUCUUAGAGAAUUAUUUCUGCUUUCUUGUGACAUCUGUUUUCACCCACAGCCUACAAUUUGAAAAGUUAAAGCUCCUGCCUCGUGUCACGUACCAUCUGACACCAAUAUGCAGGAGGUUCUCAGCUUUCAUGAAUUGGCAUCGUUUUGUCUUAGAACCCCCGAGCCCAAGAAAGAUUUGUUGAUAUUAAUGCUUUCAAUUAGCAAAUGUAUAAAAAUAUACCUGUGAAACUUGAAAAUAACAGAUCUUUUAGUUUUCUGGAAAAUCAAAGAACAACUCGUGAGUUUCUCUCUCGAACAAAACCAGCUAAUAACCUCAAAAGAUGAAAACAAUGACAAAGGUUUAGGUUUACUGCAGUGAUUUUAGGUGCACAUAUUUAGUUUUACCACUGUUACAGAGAUGUAUUGAACAAGUACUGGAAAUGUGGUGAAAUAAUUGACGUCCAGGGACAUAUUUGCAUAGAAUUUAUCCCAAAAUGUGAUCAAACCAAAGACACAUGUCAUUUCAUUGGCUACUUUUGUGAUUUUAUAGUAAGUAAUACAGUGUGUUCAACAAAAUGCCUAAAAACAAGUUUUAUGAACUAAGAAAAAUCUGUACCUGGAAGCACUUGAUUCAUUUUCUCAAAAUUACAGAUCUCUAAAACUAGAAGUAAACAAGUACAUUAUAAUAUUAGAUAUUGCUGUGCAGUAUUAGUUUUACACAUAACAUACUGUAGAAGACAACAUAGCAUAGGGUAUAGAUUUGUUUCAAAUUUUCCAAAGUAUUUUUUCACACUUUCAAAUUACAGUUGGGUAUCAUAUCAUAUAUCAUAUCAUAUAAAUAAGACUUAUCAAUUCUUAAAAAGUGUCAAGUUCAAAAUAAUUCUCUGCACAUGCAGAAGUGAAAUAUGAGAAAGUGACAUUCUGAGCUAAAAUCUUAACUUUCAAAAUUCAAAUGGCUGAUGUUGAAGACUGCUGAAAUACAUUUUCUAAUGAGCGGUGUGAGCUCUCUGUAUGAGGCUGAACACUAAGGUGUCAUUACGUUUCUGCUGGACAGUACCACAGUAUUAAACAAAGCACAGUACCUGCUCGAUCGCAGUUAUCGCUGUUUGUCAAUUUGUUACUCUGUGAUCACACGGUGACAAUAACGAGGAACGAAGUGGUUCUGUUUUGUGAUUUAGUGCACUCUAAACCUGAUCUAUGGUGCAUUAAUGUGAAGAUGCAGUGAAUACUCAGCAUUUAAUUUAUUGAAAAACAUUUUUGUAAUUAUUUAAUUUCUCUCCAUUCUUUUUUUCCCCAUCACCUCAAAUGAGAGGUGGAGCUCUGUCCGUGACAGCGACCAUGGCAAAGUGUGACUAGAAUUGGAGAAGUAGAGCCCUCUAGUGGGAGGUCAGAGGUACUACAACAGUAUCUCUGUCCCAUCCCCGAGGCUUCCCGACCGUCCUGCCUCAGUGUAAGAAGAAACGCACUGCUGGUCAGUGACCAAAAACUGUACAGAAUUUUCUGUUUUAUUUUUAUAAUUUUAUUAAUCUCAGUGCAGCUAUGAUUUUUUUUUGUAUUGGGCAAUAAUUAUAAUUAAUUAUAAAUUCCAUUUUUCCUUCAUGCUGUGUGCUGCAACUUUAGCAAAUCACGGGCACUUCCUUCAUCUUUAUUGUGCUUUACAUAAUGCCGGAUUUUAAAUAUAUUUAUUAUGAAUAGUUUUAUAUUUUAUCAAGGUUUGACAAUCGCCUUAUUCCCCCACUCAAAAUAUUACCUUAAAGCCAGUCAGACGACAAAAUAAUUCAAAAUAUCAUAAUUUAGUAGGAAUGUUUGAGAUUUUUGCAUUCAUUGUAGAAUAUGGAAAAUCUAAAUCUAACCACUUGUGGAUGAAUACUAAGAUUAAGAUUGAAAACAAGGCCCCCACCCAUCCAGACGAAGGCAUUAUGUAAAUGUGUUCAAUCACUUUGUACAUUUCACUCCAGCACAUAUUAUUAUUAUUAUUGCAUAUUGCUUCUUUUGAUUGAUCUGAAUUUACUGAAACAGUAAGGGAAUUGUUCUCUGAGAGGCUUACACUUACCUGUAUAGCAUCUGUCUUUAAUCAAGCUGUUACCUUCUUCUUUUCCAAUUUCCCUUUUUUCAACCCCAACUUCUGAAAUGUAACCGUGAGGAAAUGUGCAAUAGAUCAGAAAGGCAUCAUGCUUCAACAAGAGGGAUACUAUCACAGGAGUGGAUAUUCCCAGUCAGACUGCCAGGCGUGAGCUUUCACCGUCAUUUCAAGUGUAUCGUUAGAGGUCGAUCUGAAAGAGCCGAUGUGAGAGGCCCUGAUAGCGAUGAGGACUCCUUGGACCGAAAGUGUGACGUCUCAUCGUCUCCUGACUUUUAUAACGACAGCAUGAGAGUCAGCGGUGGACAUGUGCUUUGUGACUGUGCAUAGCAGAACCCCCUUCUGUACUGACAUUACAGCCAUCAGGGGUCUUCUUCAUAGACGGAGAGUCAAGGGCCCAUCAUCAGGGGCCUCAUUGGCCCUGCUCUGAGCUGUCACGUUCGUGCCUGAAUGGAAUUUUGAUAGUUUUCUGUUUUUUUGUCUUGUUGUUGUUGUUGUUUUCUUCUACUUUUGUUGUUGUUUGCUUUGUGGAGUGUGUCCCUCUCUGCACCUACGCGAUGCCUCUCUACAUUUGUCCUCCUCUGUGGAGCCGAGUCAGACGUUCUCCUCACCAAUCACCGCGGUGAAAGGUGACAUUUGGAGGACGGGAGAGUAAACAAGAGCGGGGAGAUUUCAGGCCAUUUCACAUCAAUCUAUCAGCUUCCAGGAUGUACGCCAAAAAAAUAGAAAAGCCUUUAUUUUUCUCUUUGCCUUAUCCAUGUGUGACAGGUACGUCAUCGUGCUAACGACUUCCUGUAUGUACAGGCCAAUAAGGCUGGAGUCCAUGAAUCCUUUAGUCGGUAGAGUUUGCAGUUCAAGUCCGGCUAAAGUCGAAUCUGAGAUUUGUUUCAAAACGAAUAUAGUGCUGACUUGUGGCGCCAGACCGUUGAAGUGUUGAGGAGCCUGAAAUCAUGGCUGCACAAAGUACAUGCACGGUAACAUUCUGCAGUGUGUGUGGUAGCUGUCCAGAUGUAACCAGCCUUCAGAGCACAACAUACUGCUUCUUUCAUCACCAUCCUAAAACAUCAUUUUAUAAACUUCCUGUUUUUUUUAAAUCAUUUCAUUUGGCGGGGUGUUCUCAAAACACGUUUUUUUUUUUUUUUUGCUUUACCCGGACUUUAAACGUCACCUUAAAGGAAUACUCUGAGAAAUAUCUUGAUUUGUUUUCUCUCUGAGAGUUAGACGAGAAGAUGGAUGAAAGUGUGCUUGGUCUUUUGUCACUCACUGAUGUGCAGAAUGCUCUUUCCAAAUUCAUCUGCUGAAGACGGGAGUUUCUUUGGCUUUCUGUGGACAGAAGCAGGCCAUCUGUGAAGCUAAGCUAACUGUCUCCUGGCUCUCAGUUUGGUGUUUACAGUUCAGACAUGAGCGCAUGCUAUCAAUCUUCUCAUCUAUCUCUCUGCAUAAAAGUGAAUUAGUGUAUUUCACAAAACAUUUCUAACCGCUCCUUUAAGUGACGGGCUCCUUCUUCAAUGGGCUCGGCCUCUGUUAGCCACAUUGGCGGCGGUAUUUUGCAUUCAUCAGGACGAGUCAUUCACACCAGAGGAAAUAUAUAUACAUGAGUUUCUCGACAUAUUCCCCCGGAGAACCAGCAGGGUGAGACGGCUCUGCCACGCCCGCACCCUGCUUCAUACCCCGCUCUCUUUUUAUUCCAGCAGAUGGGCGACACCGCUCAGGCGUGAAGCACCUUAAACACUAAUCCCAAAACCCCCGAGCUGCUGCCGCAGGCGUCUUCCUCCUCGCUGCGCUUCUCUUCCUUCCUUCUCCCUCCUUCCUCGACACAGAUAAGCAGUCUAUUCCCGCUGAAAAAGGAUUGAGAUCUCUAGGAGGGGUCGGGUGUGUGUGUGUGUGUGUGUGUGUGUGUGUUUGCAUGAGGAGAUGGAUUGCUUGCAGGUGCACUCGAGAGAAGAGAAUUUAGGGGUCAAGGAGGAGAUUUUGGGAGUGCAGGAUGCAGGGAGGCACAAGAUGGAUCAGGUAGGGGAUUCUAGGAGACAAGGUGAGAGUGAGGUGAGAGGAGCUCUGCUUUGAUAGGUGCAGUUGACAGGAUUGGGGGGGAGGGGGGGGGGAUAGAUCUUGAGCCCAGAUCUCGUUCCUCCAAACGAUGAUUUAAUUGAUCCUUCUGCAAGUCGGUGAGUGACGAGUGAGUUCAGCCGCUUCUCUCAGUCUCACUCCUUCUAUGGAAUAACUUUUAAAAACUGAUCCAACAUCUGCUUGUAGCUUCUUUUACUGUCAGUGUCUUCAGAUCUUCUGCAGGCCCUGAGGGUGUGAGCGCUUGAGCUUGGUGUUAUACGGUUGUUGUUGUUUUUUUUGGAAUAAGACACAAAAAAAUGGCUUCACACGUUGGAUUCCAUGUCCCCCUUUUUCUGUCUUAUUCCUCAGUGUCUUUUGCUGCUGAGAGAAAUGAUAGAAUGUUGUGAAAGUGUAGAAGGAUAGGAAGCGUUUGCUCACAUCUAAUGAGACAAGCGUUCAUUGAUGAUAGAAAGAAAUCAAAAGGUCUUAUGAAGGCUGGUGUUGAUAGAAGGACGGGGUAGGUUUGAUAAGUAAGUUUUAGCACGUGUGUGGGAGCAGGGUGGAGGUAUUUAGGGAGAUGAUUUUGUAGGUUUUUAAUUAACAUGAAGUUUUAGUUUGAGCGCGAGUGAAGAAAGAGAAGAGUGAGCGAAGCUGCAGGGCCAGGCCUAGCUGUGAAGAAGGGAACGCUGAUUAUUAUUUGUCAUUCUGAAAACUUCCUUCUCAGAGUCACAGUUGUUUGAGGCGCCAGCGGGGGGGAUCAGCGGGAGCUGCAGAAAAACAGGCUGUGUGGAGGAACGAGGCGCGCAGCAUGUGUCUCUGUGGCGCCUUUCUUUGUCCCCGUUUGAAUCCCGGUUUCCAAUUAGCACAGCAGUGCGUCUUAAUUAACCUUUGCCAGUCAGACGACACUCCGGCGUCGAACAGCAUCCUCAUCAAGAACACUGCGCCUUGCUGCGCUCUGCGUGGGGAGCCUCUGGUGCCAUAUUCAUGCUUUGGAGGCGAGUUGUCCAAAGUGAUAGCUGUUGAUUCAUGAGGAGGUGCAGCCUGUUUUAGCCUGGAUGUUGCAUUUACAGAAACAGAAUUUGUCACCGCCCUGCAGUGGAGAGCAGUGUGCCAAAAAAAACUAAAAAACUCUGGAAACCCAACGCCAUCGAGCUCUUGAUCUGUCAGUUCUGACAAAAAAAAAACAGUCCGUUACCAGCAUGUCGACCACUCGAACACACACAAUAACAGGUGGAGGCCUGGAUUUGGACCAAAGGAAGGUGCUUUUCUGUUAUUUUCUUCGUUUUAUUACUAUUGUUGUUAUGCAGAUUGUGUUUCACUCUUGCAAGCUCCCUGUUUUCAAAAGAUAUGCCAUGAGGAGACUGAGAGGCUUCAUCCUCCAAUCAGGAGUCAUGCAUGGUGACAGGGCCACGCACCUAUCUGUCCAACGCACCCCUAUACUGUACACUGGUGCACGAGGACAAGUCCUUUCUGAUUGAGACACCCUGCACAUGUGCGUUCCUUUUGAAUACAGGGCAUUUUCUUAUCUCCCGUUUCAUUUUGACAAGUCUUGUUCUUUUUUUUGUAUCUUGUACAUGUUUACAUUGUAUCUCGCAUCGCCCAAAAGAGGAACAAUAUUAAAUGUAUUAUCGCUGUUGUUUUA